AUGAUCUCAUUCCUAUUCCUCGGGAACCUAUUCUACAGCUUGGCCGUCGUCAAGACCGGGGGACAGACGACGUAUUCAAGCAACAUCAUGUCACCUCAGGAGGACAUCGACCAAAUAUCUCCAGAGAAGCCAACACCCCAGGAGUUCCACGUUUCUGGCAUCCUAGAAAAGGAGGACGUAUACGUCGACUCAUACCGCAGCACCUUGGUGGCCGAGAUACUCCUGUACAUCCUGUCCGCCGACUUCAUCGGCGUCACCUGGGGUCGGUUCCCCAACUACAAGAUCAGGAACUACAUGACGCCGAAGACAACUUACAUGGAAAUCGCCCCUGUCAUUAUGACCGUCGCUGCACUGAUUGCCGUGCCGGUCUACUGGAGAAGAAGCAGGGACGUGGGGGCGAAGUGGAAACGAGCGUUGGCUGCUAUGAUUGCACGAGUUUGGUGUGGUUUAUGCAGCCCGAUGGGUGUACUGGCAUCACUUUCUCUAGCUUCGUGGUUCGUGUGA